UUUAUAUUAUAUAUAUGUGAUUUUUAUAUGCCAUUGUAUGUAACAUAAUAGAAGUAAUAAUAUGAAAAUAAGCGUUGACGGGUUGAUCGUAUAUUUUCCAUACGAUUAUAUUUAUCCAGAGCAAUAUGCUUAUAUGCUUGAGCUCAAACGUGGUUUGGAUGCCAAGGGGCAUUGCUUGCUGGAAAUGCCUUCAGGUACUGGCAAAACAAUUACCCUUUUAUCACUCAUUGUGGCAUACAUGUUGGAGUAUCCGUUAAAUGUUACAAAGUUGAUUUAUUGUUCUCGAACUGUACCAGAAAUAGAGAAGGUUAUUGAAGAAUUAAAAAAACUUAUAGAUUAUUAUGAGACAGAAACUAAGAGUAAGCCAAAAAUUGUUGGUUUAGUUCUGAGUUCACGUAAAAAUAUGUGCAUACAUCCUGAGGUUAGUAGAGAACGAGAAGGUAAAAUUGUAGAUGGUCGCUGUCAUUCUCUUACUGCAUCAUAUGUAAGAGAGAGACAUAAUCAUGAUGAAUCUACUCCAAUUUGCAACUUUUAUGAAGGAUUUGAUAUGGAAGGUAGAGAACAAAUUGUUCCUCCUGGUAUUUAUUCUCUGGAUGAUUUAAAGGAUUAUGGAAAGGAUCGUGGUUGGUGUCCAUAUUUCCUUGCAAGAUUUACAAUCUUACAUGCACAGAUUGUAGUAUACAGUUAUCAUUAUUUAUUGGAUCCGAAGAUUGCAGAAACUGUUUCCAAAGAAUUGAGCAAGAGUUCAGUAGUUGUCUUUGAUGAAGCUCAUAACAUUGAUAAUGUCUGUAUUGAUUCCAUGAGUGUGAAGAUAAAUAAGAAGCUAAUGGAAAGGAGUACGAAUAAUAUACAGCUUUUGGAAAAAACUGUGGCUGAGAUGAGAGACUGUGAUGUGAAUAAGUUGAAAGAGGAAUACGACAGGCUAGUCGCAGGUUUGCGGGACGCUCAACUCGCGAGAGAAACCGAUGUUAUUCUGGCCAAUCCUGUUCUUCCAGACGAAAUACUGGAAGAGAUUGUACCGGGCAACAUACGAAACGCCGAGCAUUUCGUAAGUUUCUUGAAACGAUUCGUCGAGUACCUGAAGACUCGCUUGCGCGUCCAACACGUCAUGCAAGAAUCACCCGCAGCGUUCUUAAGGGAUAUCCAAGCAAAAGUGUCCAUCGAGCGGAAACCCUUGCGAUUUUGCGCCCAGCGACUGGCGUCCCUUUUACGUACUAUGGAGAUAACAGAUAUGACGGAUUUUUCUCCAAUCAUUCUGGUGACACAUCUCGCGACGCUGGUCUCCACGUAUACUCACGGAUUCACGAUCAUCGUGGAACCGUUUGACGACAAAACGCCGACCGUUUUGAAUCCUAUCUUGCACUUCAGUUGUUUGGAUUCUUCGAUCGCCAUUAAGCCAAUAUUUGACAGAUUCCAGUCUGUGAUAAUUACUUCCGGGACGCUAUCCCCAUUGGACAUGUAUCCCAAGAUACUCAAUUUUCAUCCAGUCAUAAUGUCGUCGUUCACUAUGACAUUAGCCAGACCGUGUCUUCUGCCUAUGAUCGUGGCUAAAGGCAAUGAUCAAGUGGCUAUUUCAUCGAAGUAUGAAACGCGAGAGGAUGUGGCAGUCAUAAGAAAUUAUGGGCAGCUGUUGGUCGAAUUCGCUGCCACAGUGCCGGAUGGUUUAGUCUGCUUCUUCACAUCGUACUUGUACAUGGAAUCGGUAGUAGCUGCGUGGUACGAUCAAGGAGUCGUGGAUCAACUUCAAAGGCAUAAACUGUUGUUCAUCGAGACACAGGAUUCAGCGGAAACCAGUUUAGCUUUGAUCAAUUACAUAAAGGCCUGUGAGAAUGGAAGAGGAGCGGUGUUGCUUUCAGUUGCUCGUGGAAAAGUGUCCGAAGGUGUCGACUUUGACCAUCAUUUGGGCAGAGCUGUACUCAUGUUCGGCAUACCUUACGUGUACACGCAGUCGCGAAUCUUGAAAGCGCGUUUAGAGUACCUCAGGGACCAGUUUCAAAUACGAGAGAAUGAUUUCCUAACUUUCGAUGCCAUGAGGCAUGCCGCGCAAUGCGUAGGACGCGCAAUCAGAGGCAAAACGGAUUAUGGUAUUAUGGUAUUUGCGGAUAAAAGAUUCUCGAGAGUGGAUAAACGAAGCAAAUUACCGAAAUGGAUACAAGAGCACUUGACCGACAACUUCUGCAAUUUAUCUACCGAGGAAGCUAUACAGAUCAGCAAGAGAUGGUUACGGCAAAUGGCGCAGCCGUUCACGCGUGAGAAUCAGCUUGGACUGUCGCUAUUAACAAGAGAGCAACUCGAGAAAGAAGAGACUGCCAGGAUCGAAGAGAAGGCGCAGCAAAAUUGAUAGAUUGACACCGGCAAUAGGCCGAAUGAUGAUCCGUUUGUUACUUAGGCUAAUUAAUUAUAUCUGUGAUCUGUGCCAUUUGCAGAAAAUAUAUCACACGAUGUUCAUUGAUCUA